AUGAGUGGACAGGAAUACGGAAGAGUUCGUGCAUGGGGCGACCAUCCGUCCUCUAUGGGAGCUACAUCAUCUAUAUCUCCGUGUGAUUAUGCCGAGUUUACCCAGAUGCAACUGGAGCCCCUGCUCGUACAAUACGCUUCGCAUCACAAUUUCGAUGUGCGCUUCUCGACCGAGCUGACCGACAUUGAACGUGUUAAGGGCGACGACAAGGCAGAGUUUACUUGCACAGCUCGUGAUCAUGUCUCGCACCUUCCGUAUAAAAUUCGUACCCGAUAUCUGUUCGGGGCGGACGGGGCGCGUAGCCGCGUAGCUCGCUCGUUGGGCUUCAAGUUUUUGAAUAGUCCGAGUGGCGGCAAGGCUUGCAACGUUCUGCUCCGCGCUGAUUUGGACGAAAUACUUCUCGAAGAGCGCCGCGCUGGGCUACAUUGGAUUUUGAAGCCAGAUCGCAAGACUUUCCCCGGGCUUGUGGCGCAUCUGCGUGCGGUUAGGCCCUGGAAAGAAUGGGUAUUGGUUUGUUUUGGCCCAAAUGGCUCAGAACCAUUCGAAGGAUUGACAACUGAAAGCCCGCAACUCGUCGAUUGUGUGCGCGAGCUCAUUGGGGUCGAGUCAAUUACCAUCGAUAUUCUGCGACUCGACCGCUGGACAGUGCGUGAGAGUGUUGCGGAAGAGUUCUCUCUCAAUGAUUCCCAAGCGUUUCUUGUCGGCGACGCUGCACAUCGGCAUCCACCCGCAUUUGGUUUGGGUAGCAAUACAUGUGUUCAGGAUGCGUACAAUCUCGCAUGGAAGAUUGCGUAUGUGGAGAAAGGUAUCGCAGGUCCAAGCCUGCUCCAGUCGUACAGCCAUGAACGCCAGCCGGUUGGCGCUAUGCUUGUUCGAGAGUCUAACAAAGGGAUCCGUGCUCAUUCGGACAUUUGGAAAGCAUUGGGAAUGUUUGCUCACACCCCCGAAGAGGGAGCUGAGGAGCUUCCUAAGCUGUCAGAAGCCUCGAGGGAAGGAGCAGAACGCCGAGCUAAGCUGCAAGGUGCUUUGGAGGCUGUAGGACAAGAAGUUCGCAGUCUGGGUGCAGCCUAUAACCAGUGGUACACUUCACUGGCGAUAUAUCAUAAUGAUGAAAGCAGCGCCCGACCAAGUUUAGAAGGGAACCCGAUCCUGGAUGUCCAGAUUAGCACAUACCCGGGUAGCCGGCUACCUCACGCUUGGCUAGAUGUCCAGAUACGUGGAAAGCUCACAUCUACUCAUGACCUAGCCGGGGGAGGUGCUUUCUGCCUGUUUCUGGGAAUUGGGGGAGAUGCUUGGGGGCACGCUGCGCGUAGUAUUGCUCACGUCACCGGUAUUCCUAUAAAUGUGUAUGGGAUAGGGAUCGGGCUGGAUCUUGUGGAUGUUUAUGGGGAAUGGCGAUUGAACCGAGGAGUCGAGGAAGACGGGUGUGUUCUGGUCCGACCAGACAGAUUCAUCGCAUGGAGGUCGCCCCACAUGGUCUCCAGUUGUGAGGGAAAGUUGAUGCAGGUCUUGGACAGUAUCCUGUCCAGGAGUGAGCUAUAUGUGACCAAGGCUGGGACUGAUUCGACCACCAGGUAG